AGUAUACGUAUAUACAAGACUGACAUCACUUUCGGUUAAUACUAAACAAUGAUUGGACGCAUCGCACGUACGAAUGUUUUAAUUGGGAACGCAACAUGUCUCGAUUUGCUUGAUUAGAUUAGGGAAGGUCUUCGUAUAUUUCUUUCACUUUUGGGUUAUCCUUAGUGUAUUUUUAACAAUUUGCAACAGUUCUUAAAUAUAUAAUUCAUGUUAUAAAGUAUUAAUAAUGAAUUUAUCAUAAAUAUGUUGAAAAAGAAUUUGAUAAAAAAGUGUACAUAACCCUUUGACAAUGAGAUAUUCCAUUUCUGAAACCAAAUAUAUAUAUCUUUUUUAUCGAGAAAAAGAUUAUAGAAUAUAUUAUACAGAAAUACGUUUAAAUAAAUAUUAACACUGAGUGAUUUAAUGUUUUAAGCAAUAUGGGAUUAUUAUUUUCAAAAUUGUGGAGUCUCUUUGGCAAUGAAGAACAUAAAAUAGUUAUGGUAGGAUUAGAUAAUGCUGGUAAAACAACUAUAUUAUACCAGUUCCUAAUGAAUGAAGUUGUUCAUACAUCACCAACUAUUGGAUCCAAUGUUGAAGAAGUUGUUUGGAAAAAUAUUCAUUUCAUAAUGUGGGAUUUGGGUGGACAGCAAAGUUUAAGAGCUGCAUGGUCUACCUAUUAUACUAAUACAGAGUUUAUUAUUAUGGUUAUAGAUAGUACAGAUAGAGAAAGACUUUGUGUAAUAAGAGAAGAGUUAUAUUCAAUGCUAAAUCAUGAAGAAUUAAGUAAAGCUAAUGUUUUAGUUUAUGCUAAUAAACAAGAUUUAAAAGGUAGCAUGACAGCUGCUGAAAUCUCUAGACAACUAGAUUUAACUUCCAUUAAGAAACAUCAAUGGCACAUACAAAGUUGUUGUGCACUUACAGGAGAAGGGCUUUAUCAAGGUCUUGAAUGGAUUGUUGGUCGUUUAAAAAAGACAUGACGUACAUUAUGAGGAAUGAUUUUGAAUGUAACAAAAUAUUUAAACUGUAAAGUAUA